GUUGACAUUAUUGAAAGUUGCUGAGCUAUCAUAGUUUCCUAAAGACCGUUAGUAAAAUGAAAUUCACAUACAGUCUGCUUCUUCUGUGCGUUAUUGGUCUGAUUCUGAGCCAAAAUUUGGUGAAAGCCCAGGACGACGCUACAAGUGACGCUGAAGGAACGGCAGGAGAUGCGGAGGAGGAAGCUGGUAGUGUAGACAGUGGUGCAGAGGAUGAGGCAGGAGGAGUUUCUAGCUCAGCUGGGAAGUAGCAUCCACACAUGUAUACCAAUUUGUUAAAAUAGUAAUUCAAUAAAUAUUUGAGGCAUUUUGUUGUUCUCAGUUAUUUUCA